GUCUGGCAACUCGAAGUUUUGACCAUGUGUGGAAGAAACAUCGCACGUUUAUGGUGACACAAUUUCGUAACUUUGGUGUUGGCAAGGGUCUUGAUAUAAAGAUUCAAGAAGAGGCCGAGUCGCUGUGCCAAGCGCUAGAAGCAUCCAACUCCGAGCCUGUUGACUGUCAUCUUUUUCUACAGCACGCCGUCACCAAUGUUCUAAAUGAAUUCUUCAAAAAGCAAAUCCAAGCACGAGAAGACGUAAUAUAUUUGAAUAACCCAAGAGAUUUCACGGAAGCUUUACUCCGAGAGCAUUUUCGCAAGCAGGAAUUGAAACAACAAUCAAUCCUCGACGAUUUGGAAAAUGAUAUGGAAACAAUUACUCAUCUCAUAAGUGAAUUAUUUCGAGCUGCAACAGAAACCACUCACACAACACUGCGAUGGACUAUGAUGUUUAUCGCCACACAUCCAGAAAUUCAAGAGAAAAUCUAUCAAGAGAUAGAGGAUGUUGUUGCCGAGCAACCAUCAAUGAUCGCGACAGUAUUCCAUUCAUCCAAGCAGCUAUACGAGAAACCAUGA